AAAACCCCUUAAAUCAUGUCAUCUAGCUUCAAGUCGAGAAUUCCGGAACGCGUUAUGCACUCGCUGACGGUACUGGAUGGUCCACACAUGCGGGUUUCCCGCGUCCGCGAUGUCGCUCGACACAAUCGCUGUUCGCUGAACCGCUCCCAGUUGCCGUUGCCGAUCAGUAGCACGCUGAGCUCCUUGGUGAAACAGGUGCCGCCGAAAGUGGCGUGCAAGAAACCGGAAACGGAAACAGAAUCGGUGAUCCGCUCGCUGUUGCGACGCUCACGACCGCCGGCAGUUCGCGGCAAUCGUACAUCCUUUCGUCGCAUACAGUUGGCUCACGGUUCACCGGUGGCCAGUGCCUCCUUGGUGAUGAAAUCCAUCAGUUGCUGCUGCAGCACCAAAAACCGCUUGCAAAUACCAAUAAAUGCUUCGAGUCCGGCUGCCCCAGAGGAGGAUCGGGAUCAUUCCGCGGACAAUCUGACGUCCGCAAAGAGCCUGCUCGAAUUGGUGGCCGGAAAAAGGCAACCGGCUAUGGAACAAAUGCGCUUCCUGUGCAACGAUCAUUGCCUGAUCAAUGUGCCCAGCCCCCUGAUGUACCACCAUUCGGGGGUGAUGUCCCGAUUGGAAGGAGAGGAGCAGCCCAUUGAGUUGCGGUCCAUUCGAUCGGUGACGCUGCUACGCGUGAUCAUGUGGAUGCAUCAGAAGACGCUUAGCGGAAACGGUGCAGUGGCGCCACCUACAGUUGAGGAGAUGGCUAUUUGCGCUAACCGAGAAAGCAACGGAGGUACGAAGAGCGAGAACAGUUUUCAACUGAGUGAGAACACUCAUGACAAUGGUCAAAACAUGGUGAAUUCAAUAUGUCAGGUCCACGGCGAAAAAAUCGAACAUAAUUGCACAAAACCUUUUAGCAAUGCGCAUAGUGUCAACUAUCAAUUAGGCAAAGACUGCGCAUCAAUCAGAUAUGAAGAUACCGAGAACAGCCGUGAAAACAAUGGAAAUCCCUAUCAAAGUGGUGAAAGCUUAGGUGAAAAUGCACGUAACAGCUGCUUUCAAACAAGCGACACCAAGAAAUGUUUCGAAAACAAUGAGCAGAGUCCUGAAAAUUAUAAAGUAGAUUUUGCCACAGAAAUGAAAUGUAGUGGUUACAAACAAAGUAUAAAUGAAAAAACCGAGAACUGCACAGUCACAAAAGAUAAUGUAGAAGAGGGCGAAAAGAUAAUCUUAGAUAAUAGCAACAUUCAAUUACAUGAAAAUAACGGAAGCACUGAAAGCAUAAAUGUCAAGAAAGAUACAAGUGAUGAAUUCCCAAAUGUAAAUGGGAAUAGUCAAGAUUAUUCCGUAAUUAGUGAAAAAAAUACCGAAAUUAGCAACGAGAUUAGCACGGGCAUCAAAAUUGGCGAAGAAGGGCAGCAUAUUGAAAGUGAAAGCAGUUGUUUAAUUAGUGACAAUCGUGACAAUGUGAUGCAAAAGUUUAGUGAUGUAAAGGAAAGCAAUGAGAAUAGAAGGUACGCAGGUGACAAUGCCAAUGGCGAUCAAUGCGUGAAAAACUUGAAUAGAAUGAAGCAUUCUGCAUUUCUUCUUGGCUCCUGGGAGGAGCGAUUGUUGGGCAGCGAACUCUACCAGCUGGUGGAGCUCAUCCUGGCGGCCCAUUACUUGGGAAUCGAGUCGCUAACCCUGAACGCCAUUCAUCAUUUUGGCGAGCUAAUGGCUCAAAGGACUCGAUCGGAAGCUUGCCUCAUGCUGAGGAUCAGGAAAAGAUUGGCGGGAGAGCGCCAAACCUUGGAAAACCAUCGACCGUUGAUUAGGGAGACGCUACCACAGGGACAUCAUCGAAAGUAUCAGGCAGAUAGGGCAGAAAUCAGGAAGCAGCACUUCGAUCCCAACAGUUCAACAGCCAGGAUGGGCAGGCAACGUCGAUCGAACAGAAGGCUAGCUGGAGAAGGAGGAGAAGGAGAAGAAGGAGAAGAAGGAGGAGAAGGAAUGGAAGGUAGACCUUAUGCCAUAGAGCCACGACGUCGCCACCAUCAGUACUGUUUCCAAUCUAGGAUUUGA